UCAAAUACGAGUUGCUGACUGGUACACCAAUGUCACACCAAAAUAUUCAGGCUGAGCAACUAACAGAAGAACAGAUUGCAGAGUUCAAAGAGGCAUUCAGCCUUUUCGACAAAGAUGGCGACGGUACCAUAACAACCAAAGAGUUGGGGACAGUGAUGAGAUCACUCGGUCAAAACCCGACAGAAGCCGAGUUACAAGACAUGAUUAACGAGGUUGAUGCUGAUGGAAACGGAACCAUCGAUUUCCCAGAAUUCCUCACAAUGAUGGCAAAGAAAAUGAAAGAUAACGAUUCUGAGGAAGAGUUGCGAGAAGCAUUUAAAGUGUUCGACAAGGACGGAAAUGGCUUUAUCAGUGCAGCCGAACUUAGACAUGUGAUGACAAAUUUAGGAGAAAAAUUAACAGACGAAGAAGUAGACGAAAUGAUUCGGGAAGCAGAUACGGAUGGUGAUGGACAAGUUAAUUAUGAAGAAUUUGUCAGCAUGAUGUCUACCAACAAAUAGGAAUGAAAUUGACAUCUGUUUCCGUUUUCACCUGUUUUUCUUAUCCAUGUUGGAGGUAGGACUACGUUGUCUUUUCGUUCCGUCCUCGAGACCACGGUGUGUUUUGGAAGUGAUCCAUACUUUCUGAAAGACGAUGAUUAUUGUUUGCAGUAUAUCGGGAAGCAACUUGAUAGGGGAUAUACAGUUGUAAUUUGUCCGGAAUUCGAUUAAUCUUUCUAAAGCUGGACAUAUUGUCUUUCAUACCAAGGAUUCGAAUUUGGGAGUUUUUCCAUCUGUUAUAUCAUGCAUGCAGUCAGUACAUGGUGUGUACGUCAUUUCCUUCUUAAUAUAAAUAUAAAAAGUGUUUAUGAAAGACAAUGUAGUUUAUAACCGGAAGUUAAAGGCGUUCGUUAGUGCCUGGGAGCGGGUUUGUGAACAUCAUGCGGAUAAAAAGAAUGAAUUGAUUGAACCGGAUUUUGGGAAUUACUACUCUGCGAUCGGAAGUUUAAUGAUUGAGACUUGUGUUUGAAUCUUCGAAAUUUGGACAGAAAAACCUAACCACACACAUCAAGGACAAAUGAUGGUGUCCCGAUCUUGAUAAAACGCUCACAGUUUUUUUUCUUCAAUUUUAUUCCAAGAUUCUCAACAAAAUAGACAACCUUAAUUAAAAUAAACAUCAUUACCCACCAUUUUUAGUGCUGUAAACGAGAAUUUGGUCACGUGACAAAGCGUUAACUCUUCCAUAUUCAUUUAGACGAAGGAUUCUCAUUUCUAAAGAAAAGCAUUAGCUAUUGAAUGUGUAUUGAAACAGACUUGAAGUCACCAUUUUAGAA